GCUUUUGUGAGCAGCAUCCUCCUGGUUGCAGCAGCAGCAGCAGCAGCAGCAGCCCUCCCCCUCUGCAGCCUCUCCAGCAGAAUGCCCGACGUUCAAACGGAAGCAGGCGCUACCAUUUUGAAAUACAGCACCGCUUAGGUAAGAUGGUAGAUCCUUUUAUUUAAUCGCCUUUUCUGCAGCAUUAUUCUCAUCCGAGCCGCAUGGGAGCGCCAUGGACAAAAGCCACACAGUAAAGCUCUUUGUAGGCAACCUGGCCUUGGACACCACCCAAGAGGAGCUGUCAGCCAUCUUUGAACCUUAUGGCCAGGUGGUCAGCUGCAGUGUGCUGCGACAGUUUGCCUUCGUGCAUCUGCAGGGCGAGGGUGCUGCAGAGCGUGCCAUCCGGGAGCUCAAUGGGCGAGAGUUUCGCGGUCGCAAUUUGGUGGUCGAGGAAUCGAGGGGAAGGCCAUUGCACUCCACCAAGGUGUUUGUGGGGAAUCUCAGUGGGAUGUGCACCACUGAAGACCUGCAGCAGCUUUUUCAGACAUUUGGGAAAGUUCUCGAGUGUGACAAAGUCAAAGCCAGGCAUUCCUCUUCUGCAGGCUACGCCUUCGUUCACAUGGAAAACAAGGAAGAUGCGCUUCAGGCCAUCGAGGCCCUGCAUGGCACCUCCUUCAAGGGCCGCCCUCUGUCUGUAGAGCUAUCGAAGGUCCAGCCCAGCAAACAGCCACCUACUGGGAAAAUCCCAUGUGUGAACUGUGGAAAACAGGGCCACUAUGCUGGAGAAUGCCCCGUGGGGAAGCCUUCUCUAGAGCAGUACCAGAGUCAGGCAGCGGUCCUGGCUGCUGCUGCCGCCGCAGCCGCCGGCCUUCCUCUACAAGUCCAGCAAAGUGUGCACAAUUCAGUCUACAACACCUCCACCUUUGAUCCCACGUACGCAGCUCUCACAGGGAUCACCACUGGCACACGCACCGAUGGGAACCCGGUGAAUCCAGCUGUUUAUGGUGCCCUUGCCAGCCAGGUUUAUGGUGCCAAUGUUGCCAAUCAGCUUUACGGAACGGUGGCCAAUCAGGCAGCUCUCACAUCAGGCGCCGCGCAGGUAUACAGCUCGAUGACACCCAAUAUCUAUGGCCAGGUGGCUGCAUCUCCCGCCGCCGCAGCUGCUGCAGCUGCUGCCGCUGCUGCUUACACGACUCCAGUUUACACCCCGACGGUGGCCAACCCUCCUGUCUACCUGGCUGCUGCUCCUGGAAUAGAAAUGCCGACAGCAGCGGCUGCAGUCAAUCCUGCCUACUCUGUAGCUCCAGCAAUUUAUGGUGCUGCCACACCAGCCUACGCUCAUAUAAGCGCCAUGGGAGCAGCGGACCCUACUACAGCCCUCUUUGAGGCUGCCAGGCAGGCACAUUACUUUGCCCAGGGCCAGCAGGUUGUGGCUGAGCAGCAGUCAGUGGCUGCUGCUGCUGCAGCAGCAGCUGUGGCAAAGUCUGGUGAGCGGGACCGUAGUCCCCUACGGAGGUCAGCCCCUCUAUUACCAGACCCUGUGAUGAAGCCGUUUAUGUACCAGAGGGCCAAACCACGCAGGCCGCUGCUCCCCACACCGGCUGGCAGAGCAGCUGAAGAGGCGGUGGAGGCCGCAGAGGACCCCAUGGCCAGGUACUACGCUGAGUACUACCAGCAGCUGCAGCAGUACCCCCAGUUCCAGUACGCCUAUCCACCACCCAGCACAGUGACAGCCAUCCCUGGCAUGCCGGGAGUGUCGGCAGUGCCAGCAGUUCCAGCGGUAACAGCGAUGUCAGCCCAGCCGGUCGCUACGUUGGACGCCCUCAGGCCAGUGGUCCCCACCGCUGCGGCAGUGGCAGCCGCCAUGGCUGCGCCCAGGGUGUAUGAGCCGCCGUUGCCGCCGCCCACGCGCAAGGAGGCCAUCCUCCGCCGCCCCGAACUCUCCCUUCACACGCCUGAGCCCCCCUUCCGAUAGUCGCACACAACUCUCUGCCCCUCCUCCCUCUUUGCCCUGAACCCUCUCCCCCAUUCUCUCCCACCCCAAACUUGACCACCUUACAGCAGCUGUAUGUAUGUAUGUGUGUAUGUGUGGCGGUUGGGGUUUAACAGUGGGGGCUCCCGGGUUUAUUAACCUGCUUUACAAGGGACUUGAUCGGCUAACCUUGGUCCAGUUUGCGUACACACAGUGCAGCCAUGAAAAGGAGGCUCUUAUCUGUUGUAUGGGCAUUCUUUAUGCUUCUCAGUUUUACUUUUUUAUUGUGCCAGUCUCACACUUGUGCCAGUAUUAGACUGACCCAGUCAGUUGUUUCAUAUGCCUUUAUUUCUGCAACCCAGUUAUGAUUUUCUAAGGCCAAACCUACGAUAAACAACAUCAGCCAUCCUCUGUAGGCCUAGAUGAUCAGUUAGGGCAGCUAAUUUGAAACCUUUUUUGCCUUAUGUUGAAGAGUUUGUAUUGUAAUCAGAUGGGAGGUCAGAUUAACACAUAUUGUGUACUGGCUGCAUUGCAUUGUGUCCAACAGAACCAAGGUUGAUGUGUGUUGGGGGCUGUUUGUCUUGAAUGUGAUGUGGAUGUAGUAUGUGUGAGAUGUGCGGGCUCUUGACCUUGCAGCGCACAAACGCAGCAGCUAAGACUGCGCCUUGCUGAAAAAAACGUAAAGCACACAUAUACGUACUGUAAUGUAUGUUUGGAUCUCUCCUUGACCCUUUUUUCUGAAUCCCUUCCCCACCUUUACUCUAACAACACUGAAAGACACUGCUUCACCUCUCUUUCUCUUUCUAACUACAGCUGCCUACCUCUUCAGUGUAGAUUCUAUUCUGUUCUAUUCUAUUCCACACUUUCCACCGAGUCAGCAGUUCCUGCUCCUUUGUAAAGAUACAGGGUCAGCAGUUUAGAGAGGGAGGAGCCAGAUUUCAGUGACUUUUGUAGAUAGUCUGUAUUAAGUCCUCCUUCAUGUUCAGAGGCCUUUUUAAAAUAGUGUGUGUUUUGUGUUUGUUUUAUUGUAGUUUACAUAGGACGUAAAGUCAGCCUGGGAUGUAAUGAAUUGUAAAUGGAGGAACCCCAUGUGUGACUACUGAAUGAGCUGUUUACAAAGGAUCUUUAAACUGCAUCCUAUUGGAAAACAUAAUGAUAUGUGACAAGCUCAAUUCUGUGCCUAUAAGCCUUGAGUGAAGUGCAUUAAGUGGAGGGAUCUCCCAUUUUAAGUGCUUUUGUCAUUACUUUUUAAUCAUUUCAAUGGGGGUAGCAGGAGCCCUCCAGAGCUUAGUAUCCAGACGGCUAUGAGCAGCGAAGCUUUCUCUUAGACUUGGACUCCUGUAGUAGAUUAGUGUCAUAUCAUACGGUUUUUAAAAAAGCCACAAUCUGAGCCUCAUGGGUUCGUGUUUAGCCGCUGGUUUUAAAGCAGAAAUGACAGUGAGAGCACCAAUGAAGUGAGAGAUGGGGCAGUGUCUUCCAGUUGCCCCAUAUGUCGUCCUUUUCUCCUCUAAAUACCAGACCUGCUUUAGAUUGUAAUUGCAAAAACACUUUUGUGUUACUUUUUAAUUUAGUCGUCGGAUUUUAUAGGUGGGGUUUGUAACGUCCGGAUAGUUGGGAUAGAGUUUAAAAGAAAACUGGACAUGUACUUUUCACAUGCAUGACCUUGUCCUGAGUCGCAAACUCCACACAUAUAGUUCUGCAAUGACUGAAAACAAUCACUAAAGCGUGUUUUUUUUUUUUUUUGCAACUACUAUUUGACAGCGGUCUGACGCACACACAGGCAGACCCUCUGAAAUCACCUUACUGCCUCGUUGUUUCCCCUCCUUCCCUUCCCCCUCCUCCUGUGGUUUUUAGUGGUUAAGUGACUUUUGCAUCUCACAGUGUAAUCUUUCUGUGUCGUAUAUACAAACACAUACCAGUUGCAUCCUUUGUAGAAAUAUGUGGUUUGCGAAAUGUCUUGUUUGCCAUGUUUCAGACCGUAUUUUUUAGAGAAGUAUUUUAAUUUUGCCUUUUUUUAAAGAAAAGACAAAAGAUAAGUUUAAAAAAAAAUCAGCAUGCUUUUUAUUGAGAAUAUGUAUACUAUAAACCUUAUUAUAAUAAAGAAUGUUUGGCUGACUACUGUGGUAACAGAAAGCAAAGGGUUUGGACAUUUCCCCUUCUUCUUUUUUAUGUUGUUCUUCUCCACUAUCUGUUUCUCUUGUGUAAAAUGACCACCAGACCCAUUUGACUGGGGACCCAGGGGGAGACAGGUGUAGAUGCUGGCCCAGCUUUGCUCUCUUUGGUCUGGGUAAGUGCGGGUUGGUGCUCCUUUCUCUCUCCAGCCUCUCAAACCCUGAAAACCAAAAUGUAUUUGAAGGGGUUUGCAUUUGACCAAAUGCAUUUCAGUAUUUAAUUCCGGCAAGACACGCUUGUUGCGGUCCUUUUUAUAAUUGAUUUUCAUGCAGAAAUGACAUUACACACACUGUGAGAGCUGAAAUUCCAUUGAGAGCUGGGGAGAGGCACACAGAUAGAAUGGCCUGGGUGCAUUUUGAUCUGUGGAGCAGUCCUGUUCCUGGGGUUGAUGGGUGUGCGUCUGGUCUGGUCUGGUCUCUCCCUGCUGCACCAAAUUCUCCCUCUCCGUGUGUCUCUAUGUCCACUCUACUCUCAGACCUGCAUGUGUGAUAAUCUGUAACUCUGCCGCAAAAAAAAAACAAACAAAAAAAGCCCCUCGACAGUCCAGCUCUGAACUAACUAUCUCAACUGAAUUAGGUCACCGUGCCACCUGGAACGGCCAGCGUGCAGCCGUGCGUGAGCGUGGCAGCGUGAGCCAUGGGGACGCCUUUUAGCGCGACGCCACCGCAGUGGGAACUUGUUCUCUCUCUCUUCACCACCAAGAGGCCUGGGCGUGCCAAUGGACAGUGUAUGUGUGGUGGCCUGCCGCCGGACUCGGUAACAUGACACAGAGAGACUUCAGGGUUGGACGAGUCGCUUUGCUAAAACUGUUGAAUGCUGCGUUUGCACCACAUGGCUGUGGAAGGGAUCUUUCCCAAAAGAACUUAGCCCCAGUAAGUGAUAAACCGACCCCAGACUAUAAGGGUUUUGCUCCCCUUUGGGUCCCUCACAGCCUGUGUGCCAAUCAGAAACGUCCUAUAAGAUAGGCCUAGGUAUGAGGCCAGUCUGACCUGUAGAUUCUCAUCAAUCUCAGGAUUCCUAUAGGACUUUUCUGGUAGGGCAGCUCUAUUUCUCUCACGCUGGGAUCAGCUGGACUGGCUGGAUAUGUGCUCUGAGUGACUUGUAUGUGCUCUUACCUGUUAAACUGUCCCUGUGCUGAGACCGAGAGCUUAGUGCUUACACACAAUCACACACUUCCUGGCUCUCAGUAUGUCACACGAGUUGUCUGGCAUUUGCUCUGACAGCUGCGAGAUGGAGUCGAGACAAAGAUGGCGCUGCCUUCUGUCUGCCUAACAAACAAAGGGAAGGAAAAAAGGAGGUGGAGAGGAAAGAAUAGAUGAGUUGAUUACAAGGUGAGUUGGUAGGAUUCUUCAUCCAAAGCUGCUCCCUAACAUCACCUUCCUGAUCUUGGAGGACCCUAUUAUUAACACUACUGGGAAUUUUAUUCUAAAAAAAGACUGUUUUCAUUUGGUUUUAGUGUCCAAAGUGUGUCCUAAUAGUAUGGCUUUGAUGCCAAGGUGUGAGUAUCGUGGAUGCACUUGAUCUUUUACUGCUGAAGUGCAAAAAUUCAUCAAAACUGAUUUUCCAGUUAUGAACAUCUAUACAUUUUUGUAUAUUUUAAAAGCCAUACAUUGUAUGCUACCGAGAUAAAGUGUGACUACAGGUCAGUUUUGCUGCUGAAUGAGUUGAAAAGCACUGACUGAUUCCCUUCUCGACCUCCAUGAUCAGGGCACACGAUGCUCCAAUUUUCUCCCUCCAGCCACCUCAUCCUUCCCACUGUCCCAACUCCUCACUAAAGGCUUCUUCUGGCGCUUGCGAGUCUGGGCUUCCCGUGCUUGGGUGAAUGCAGCCACGCACGCAUCUCUUAAACCUCCCCCCUCCCUGCUCUGAAUUCACAGUCGCACUGUAUUGACAGGCAAAGCUCGCUGCAGCCUCCUCCCUACUUCCACUUCCUCACCCAAACUGCCCCUGCCUUCUGUGGUUUGGACAGCCGAAGAUACUCAGACACUCUCUAUACGCACACGUCUCUGUAUUGUGUUGUUUUUAACGGGAUUCUGCAGGUUAAAUCUGUUCUUCUGCGGCAGAUAUCAGCUGAGAUGUACAAUCUGGAAGCCACUCCAGUUAAGUUUGAGCACAACACCUAUAGACCACAUUGCCUUUCAGUUUCCAAGGUGAAUUUCAGCAAGGUUUGGUUAAUGAGCCCAUGAUCUUCUAGUUCUUCUAGCACAAUUUAGAUGUGAAUCACAGACAUCACAAGAUGCGCAACUUGUAUUUAAAUCAGUAGUUUUACCUCAGACAUUACCUCAUUUAGAGUGGGCAGACACAGUAUGAACAUCUGCAGAAUGCAAUACAAUAUUACCUGGUUUAUUUACUCCUUUGAGCAGCUCACAAUGUUGAGGUAAUGGUGAUAAAGGACAUCAAUUUUGGAUAUUUUUAACCCUUGUGUUGUCCCGUGGGUCAAAAUUGACCCAUUUUAAAGUCUAAAAAUGUGUGAAAAAAAAUCUAUUUUCACAAUGAAACUUCUGAUGUCCACAUUUUCAACAUUUUUGAGAAAUUUUUUGGUGGGAAAAACGAAAUGUUAAAAAUGUUUCUUAAGAACAUUGACCAAAAAAAUCGCUGGAUUUUGGUUGAUUUUUUUUGUCAAUGUUCUAAAGAAAUUAUUAGAGGUUUUAUUGAUAUAUAUGUAAUCGUGUAUUUGGAAGAUUUUUACUAUUUUUAAAAUAUAUUUACAAAUAUUUUCUUGCCAAAUUUGGGGGAUUUUUUAAAAUGGAAAUUUUACAGGAAACUUUUUAGGAACUAUUAGAAUUUUGUUCCUGAAGGUUUUGCAACCUUAAGAAAUGUGGGGAUUUUUUUUGCUGAUUUUUUGGAUUUAUUUCAGACAAGGAAACAAUUUUUUUUCGGUGCCCGUAAAUGAGGACAACAGAAGGGUUAAAUGAAGUGGUGCUGCAUUGGCUUGCAUUACAUUGUGAGGUGUUCAUGUUAUUCUGUCCACCCCCAGUCUGUAUAUGUUUCAGAGCCACCAUGAGCCAAAUGUGUCUUUUUCCGCGAUCCAUGUCUUUAUCAGAACUCACAUAGUGGUACAGUGUUUACAGAGAUCAGCCAUUCAGUUCCUUCUCCUCAGUAGUCGUACAGGAAUAAUAAUAACGGUAACCGUAAGUAGUCGCACAGUAGCUAAGCUUCUUCAUGUAGGUUAAUGGACCAAGCUUAGUGUAGUUACAUUAAAUGCUUGAUUAAUUACAACAUAAAUCAUUCUAGUUUCCAAAGACAUCAAGGGUGACUGAAUAAUGUGUCAUCUCCAGAGGAUAGCAAUCUGGAUCCGCUCAUUUCAAAGGAAUUUGUUCUGGCACAAAGCUGAAUGAGGGGAUUUUAGUUGAUGAAUGUUAGAUCAAAUGUUUGCGUCGACAUGUUUACUGUGAAUGACAAAUCCUGAUAUGAACGCUAAUUAUAUUGUACGGUUGUGUACGCAUAUACAUGUAUAUAUGCCUUUUCACGUGUAUUUCUAAAAAUGUUGACGCUUUUUUUUUUUCAAUCUGCAUGAAAAUCAUGAAUAAAUGCUUUUUUUCUCA